AUGUCUUUCACGGGCGACCCUUCGAAUAUUAACCCCCCAAAGUCCGGAUCGACCGAGGCUUACAAUAUUUUGGCCUUGGACGGCGGCGGUGUGAAGGGAAUAUCAUCAAUGAUGAUUCUCCAGAGAAUUAUGGACCGGGUCCGUGACGUUGAGAACGAGGCAAACCUCGAGAAAGGCAAACCAGUUGACACUGAGGAAAGAAAGCCCGUAGAUUAUUUCGACCUCGCCGCAGGGACAAGCACCGGUGGACUCAUUGCCCUCAUGUUAUUUCGCCUUGAGAUGAACUGCACCAAUGUGAUUGCCCAAUACCAAAACUUGGCCGAGGAGGUCUUCAGCCCAAUGCUCGGAUCUAUUCAUCUCAACUCCCUCGGCGCUCUUGGGAAGUGGAUCGGAGACAUCUGGUUGAAGCUCAAAGCCGUCACUGGUCAAUCACAAUUUUCCCACAAGCCGCUUGAGAAGGCAAUUGACACGGUGGUUGGGACAUUCCCGCUCGAUGAUGAUGAUCGAACCAGAAAGGGGGAUGCUGCACUCGUCAAAGCGAGCAAAGGCCAGAUGUUCAUGUGUGCGACGUUGGCUGACAGAGGAGAGAGCAUCCUCCUGCGCAACUAUGACCCGCCAUUCGCGCCGCUUCCGGUCUCGACGGGGGCUAGCAACCUCAAUUUCAAUGCUAUUACCAUCAAAGAGGCAGCCCGCGCAACUUCUGCUGCCCCCACCUAUCUCAAGGAGGCUAGCAUCCAGGGGUUGAACUUCUGGGAUGGUGGGCUCUUGAACAACAACCCCAUCGUACAGGCGUGGGACAAUCGAUAUGACCUUGUCUUGCGCGAUGCUCCGUCUCCCCGUAUCACAUGUAUCGUGAGCCUGGGGACCACACAUCCCGAAUAUGACAACAACAAACGACCCGGCUCCGGCAUUAUGAGGUUCUUCAAUACUAUCACGAAGACGGUGGCCUUUGUGACCAACACCGAAGCCAAGCACCGUGACUUUGAACGGAACAUGCGACAGCGCAACGAGCGAGACCCCACCAAGAAGACCUUCUACUACCGGUUUAAUGCGUCGACAGGGAAGGACGAUAUCGACCUCGGUGACUAUCUGAAGAUGCCAAAGUUGAUACAGUACACCGAGACAUACUUGCAGAGACCAGAAGUGGAUAAGUGGGUCAGUGAAUGUGCGGCCUUGCUCGCGAAGACAAACCAGGCGUGA